AUGGGUGUCCAGUCACUAUGGGAUAUAGUUGGACCAUCAGCAAGGCCGGUGAGGCUAGAGGCGCUAUCGAGAAAGAAACUAGCCGUUGACGCCUCGAUAUGGAUCUACCAGUUCUUGAAAGCAGUCAGGGACAAGGAAGGCAACGCCCUCCACCUGUCUCAUAUUGUUGGUUUCUUCAGGAGGAUAUGCAAGCUAUUGUAUUUCGGCAUACUCCCAAUCUUUGUGUUUGACGGAGGCGUCCCCGUGUUGAAGAGACAGACGAUUUUGGAGAGAAAGAAUCGAAGGCAGGAAAAGUCAGAGUCUACUCGAGAAACUGCUCAGAAGUUGCUUGCCAUUCAACUUCAAAGAGAAGCUGAAGGCGCCGUAAGACGCGACCGGAUAUUGCCAAGCUCUAACCGCCGCAAUCACAAUCACAACGGCAACUUUGGUGACGAUAACGAUAACGAUAACGAAAACGAUAACGAUGACGAUGACGACGACGUGAUAUACUUUGAAGAUUUGCCCGCCAACAAGCAAACCGAAGUCAAAACACCACCAAAGCGGCCCAGAACUAUCCAGUUUCGCCGCAAAGACGAGUACCACUUGCCCGAUUUGCACGAGUUCAAGGUGUCUAAAAACGACCAGCGGAUCAUGCUCGAUGACGAGACAAUCCAAGCAGAUGAGGACUUUGAUCACGUCGAUGGAAUAAACAUCAAUGACGUUGACCCCAAAUCGAAGGAGUUUGCCAGGGACCUCCCCAUCGCGACUCAGUACAUGAUUUUAAACCACCUUCGAUUGAAGUCGCGGUUGAGAAUGGGGUACAGAAAAGAGCAGUUGCAAGAACUAUUCCCGAGCCUGAUGGAAUUUUCCAAAUUCCAAAUUCAGCAAGUGCAAAAGAGAAAUUUCUUCACCCAGAAGUUGAUGAAUGUGACUGGUAUGGGUGACGACUUCAAUGUAGAACGCCGUAUUGCAGGCGACAAGGAUAGGAAAUACGCAUUGGUCAAGAACGAAGAUGGGUGGACGUUGGCGUUGCUGGGCCAAGGCUCCAGCAUUGAAAACCCAGUUGCUCUAUCUGAUGGUGAAGAAGAAGAGGAGCAUGAAGCAGCAAAGCAGAGAUUGAGGCCUCCUGGUAGAGCCGAAAAGGUGCAGCCAACAGAUGUAGUGAAUAUAUCCGAGAAUAGUGAUUCCGAUUUUGAAGACGUUCCACUCGAAGAAGAGAAAGAAACACAGGAGGAGCGAGAUCUUCAGCAAGCGCUAAUCCGAUCGAUUUAUGAUCAGUAUGAACAUCAGCAACCUAACAAAGAGGAGGACAGCGCUGUUGCAGAGAAAGAAAAGCAAAACCGUGGACUUUUUGAUUUGGCAAAGGCACUUGAAGAAAGCAAGAAGGACUAUUAUCGGUUGGUUGAAGAUGAAAAACAGCUAAUGAAGACUGCACCAACCAAUCACCAAGGUUCGAUUGGACUUGGACAAUCUUUUCUAUUUCCCGGCUUGAAUUUUGAGAGCAAACCAAGCGAAAUACUGGCGACCGAGGCGCCCAAUACUAACAAAGAGCCAGCUUCGAGAGACAAGUUGCGUUCAUCCUUUCCAGCUCCAGAUCAUACACAGAAAACAUUGAAAUCCGAUGCGGGGAAUAAACAUCUGACAAAUUUGCCCCUCAAAAGCGAUCUCGGCUCGUCUUUUUUGUUUUCUAAUGAUAAUCACAGAACGGGCAGGGUUGAAUUGAAAAGAGAAAACAAGCGUCGUGGAUCACACCCCCCGCCACAAGACAAAAUGGAGGACAGUACACCUGCCGUACCUGUUGCACCGACUGAGGGGUUGUCAAAUCAAAUUUCCAAAUCGGUAACUACCGAAACCGCGCGUGUUCAUCAACCAGACAAGCGCAUCAGGUACAGUUCGAGUGCAGAAGAAGAAGAACAAGAAGAAGAAGAAGAAGAAGAAGAGGAGAACGACAACAACGAAAAGGAGGAAAUCAACCAAACCAAGUGCCAGCAACAGAUUCCCGACUGGUUCCGGAACGAAGUCAACCAGACAUUGAACCCCCACAAUGAAAAGUUCGUAUCUAAUACCAUCUACAAUCAGAGCAAACCGAAAGAAGAAGAGGAAGCCAUGGGACUCAUACCGUGGUUUGAAGCAAAGGAAUAUCUAGAACAGCAGGAAUCAGAACAUAGCGACGACGGCGUGGUUGAAAUCGGCUCGCCCGUUCACGCGUCACCAAUUCAUCCAACUGUGGUGGACAAGCCUGUGCCGCCACUAAAUGAUGAUUCAGCCCAGAAGCAGCAAUCGACUGAAGACUUAUCCACGGAUGUGUCCCGAAAAGCUGCUGUGAUUGACUACGAAUACGAAGAGAAUGAAGAGGAGGACCUUUUCAACCAGCUCAGGGCAGAGGAAGCAGAUAGCGAGAAGCUCCAAACGCAAAUUAGACAAUCUCACGUUUUGCCAGUUUCCUCGGUUGAGACUAGAAUAACCGAAGAGCAUCUUUUGCAGGAAAAGUUGCAAAAGGCCAAGCGAGACUCGGACGAGGUUACAGAGAACAUGAUCUACGACGUGCAGGAAUUGUUGAAAAGAUUUGGGAUACCAUUUAUAACAGCACCUAUGGAGGCAGAGGCGCAAUGCGCCGAGCUCUUGAAGAUUGGACUAGUUGAUGGAAUCAUCACGGACGAUAGCGAUUGCUUUUUGUUUGGUGGAGACAAGGUAUACAAGAACAUGUUUAAUCAAAAGCAGUUUGUUGAAUGCUACUUCAAAGACGACAUUGAUGCUAAACUUGGUUUAUCCCAGGAUAGUUUAAUCGAACUCGCGUUGCUCUUGGGAAGCGACUACACCGAGGGAAUCAAAGGCAUUGGCCCUGUUCUUGCAAUGGAAAUCUUGGCCGAGUUUGGAAACUUGACCAAGUUCAAGCAGUGGUUCGACAAGCAUACAAAGGCCGCCACGGGAGAUAAACGUAACUUGACAUCGUUGGAGAAGAACUUGCUCACGAGAACAAAGAAUGGUAAAUUGUAUUUGCCUGACAGCUUCCCCGACAAGGUUGUUUUCGAAGCUUAUAAGCAGCCACAAGUAGAUCACGACAAGAGCGAGUUCAAAUGGGGAGUGCCGAACUUGGACCAGAUUCGGUCGUUCCUUAUGUAUAACGUCGGUUGGACGCAGGAGAGAGUGGACGAGGUGAUGAUUCCUUUGAUACGGGACUUGAACAAAAAGCGCGCUGAAGGAACGCAGUCAACCAUUGGAGAGUUUUUCCCUCAAGAGUAUAUUCAGAGCAGAAAAGAGCUCCACUUGGGCAAGAGAAUGAAAACAGCUGCAAACAAGCUACACAAGAGGAAGAAAUUGAACUAA